AUGGCACAAAAUGAUAUUUUUGGUAAUGAUAUGGUUAUUGGAAGCGGUAGCAGGGGAGAGCCUGGUGCUAAAAAGUUGCUACGAGCUAAUCGACAGCGUGUUCAUAAAGCAGCCAUGGAUGGCAGUGUUGGAAAUUUGUUUGGAAUGAACUGUGAAAUUUUGGAGAAUAGGCUAACAUGUGAAUCGAAGGCUGACACAAAAUAUGAUACCAGUAAAGUGAUCAACUUCGAUGUGGAUUGCAAGCAUAUUGAUCAGGGAAUAAGAUGUGCUGCAAAGCAAUAUGUGGAAGAAAACAGUUUGGAUGGUGUGACCGGAUUGGGAUUGGAGUGUGAUUUUAAGUCACGGAGUCACCAAAAAUGUAAGGGGCACUUUGCUACCGAACAACCAUCGAGUAAGACGUUGAACGCUUCUCAAAAACCUGCACUUGAAAUUAAUUGCAAAUGGACGGAAGGCUUGAACAGCAUAAAAUGUGACAGCGGAACUCCUUUAUCUGAGUUAAGAUAUGAAGAUGCGGUUCGUUAUAAGGUAAAUUGUCGUAAUAAUUUACCAAGUGGAAUGAGUGAUUGUGUUGUGAGAAGAGGUGCCAAAAAAAGCGGAAUUAAAAAACCAACUUGGUUUAGAUUGGAAUGCGAGAGAGACUUUUCUAAUAUAAAAGAGACACACUGUAAUGGGGCUAUAGUCUUUGAAGGACUUGAUUACGAUGCACAGAACGCUUCAAAGGCCGCUCUUUCACCAACAACAACGCUGUCUACUGUUGAGGGACUUGAUAUUGGAGCACAGAACGCUUCAAAGACCGCUCUUUCACCAACAACAACGCUGUCCACUGUUGAGGGACUUGAUUACAAUGCAUGGAAUGUCUCAAAUAGUACUUCACCCUCUACGAUGCUCUUACCUACGAAUGAAUCGAUUCCAGCUCCGAAAGACACUGUUCUCAUAAUAGGAGCAUGCUUUGCUCCAAUUUUCCUUCUCUUGGUCCUAUUUUUUGUCAUAUUUUACCGUGUCAAAAAACGAAGGAUAAGGAAGC